CAUAUAUAUAUAUAUAUUCAUAUUUUGGGUGUUGCAGCUUUUUUGCUCCCUUUGUUUAUAUUUAUCUUUGCAUUUGUAUAGCCUUAGUGCCAUGAUAAUAUCAAUGACCAACGUCAUGCCCCCACAUCCAUUGUCUACUUCCCCAUCCUCUCUCAUUUCAUUCUCCUUUUUCUGCCUUUGGUCAACCGGGGUUUCACUGCAAUCCCCACAUCUCUUCUGCUAUUCUCCAAGGUCACCCAGAGACCAGAUAAUCUUGUACUUUGUCUUCUUUUUCUCUUCUUACUCUUCCUUAUUCCCCGUUCUUGCCAUUCUUCUUUUGUCCCAGUGAUGAUGGGGACGGUCAUGAUUUGUGUUAAAGACAACAACUUUGUUGCCUUUGCUUGCUUGGGUUAUUUAAAAGUACCAAGACCAGGAGAAUCAAGAGGGCCUUCUUCCUCCUCCUCAGUCAUGGUCUUGUUGGUUCUGGCAGUAAUAUUAGUACUGUCACUGCCUUCUUGCCAUGCUUCAGCUGCCUGCAAUCAACAUGAUUAUGAUUCUCUCUUGCCCUUCUUCUCCAACAUAUCAUCUUCUCCUUUGAAAUGGUCACCUUCCAUUGAUUGCUGUCUCUGGGAAGGAAUUGAGUGCGGCGGAACAGGUCGCGUCACUCGUCUGUGGCUCCCCUUUAAGGGCCUCAGUGGCAUCCUUUCUCCUUCUCUAGCUAAUCUCGCUUAUCUAUCUCAACUCAAUCUCUCCCAUAAUCGCCUCUUCGGUACUCUCCCUGCUGGAUUCUUCUCUUCUCUUGAUAAUCUCCAGAUUCUUGAUCUGAGCUACAAUAGGCUACAUGGGGAAUUACCAUCCAAUGAUAAUAACACCGCCAACAUCGCCAUCCGGAUAGUGGAUUUGUCUAGCAACCGCUUCAGUGGGGUAAUUCCAUCCAACUCAUUUCUCCAGUUUGCUAGGAAUUUGAGUAGCUUCAAUGUUAGCAACAAUAGCUUCACAGGCCAAAUUCCAUCCAACAUCUGCAUUGUUUCUUUUCUGUCCAUCACAGCACUAGACUUCUCCUACAACGAUUUCAGUGGUAGUAUUCCCUCUGGAAUAGGGCAAUGUUCCAAUCUUAGGAAUUUUUCUGCAGGUUUUAAUAAUCUCUCAGGGACAAUUCCUGAUGAUAUUUACAACGUUGUCUUGCUUGAACAACUCUCCUUACCUCUCAACAACCUGUCUGGCACCAUCAGUGAUUCUCUGGCCAAUCUCAGCAAUCUCAGGGUUCUUGAUCUCUACUCCAAUCAAUUGAUAGGGUCUAUACCCCGAGAUAUUGGCAACCUCUCCAAAUUGGAACAGUUGCAGCUUCACAUCAACAAUCUCACAGGUUCUCUGCCUCCAUCUCUGAUGAAUUGUACCAAACUAGUGACAUUGAAUUUGCGGGUCAAUUUCUUGGUAGGGGAACUCUCUGCGUAUAAUUUCUCCAGACUUCAACAACUUAGCAUCCUUGAUCUCGGCAACAAUAACUUCACAGGUAGGCUGCCCACUAGCCUUUAUGCAUGUAAAUCACUAAAAGCAGUUAGACUUGCCUAUAAUCAGCUGGAGGGACAGAUUUUACCAGACAUACAAGCACUAGAAUCUUUGUCUUUCCUGUCAGUUUCUUACAACAACCUAACCAACCUUACUGGUGCCAUCCAAAUUAUGAUGGGUUGCAAGAAUCUCACCACUCUCAUCCUCUCAGUGAAUUUCAUGAAUGAAACCAUACCAGAUGAAGACACAAUAAACUCAAGUGGAUUCCAGAACCUCCAGGUUUUGGGGCUGGGUGCUUCGCAACUCUCUGGUCAAGUGCCCACCUGGCUAGCCAAGCUCAAGAACCUAGAGGUCUUGGACCUCUCUUUUAAUCAAAUCACAGGUUUUAUUCCCAGUUGGUUGGCUAGUCUACCAAACCUUUUCUACAUAGACUUGUCUGGUAACCUCCUAUCAGGAGAAUUUCCCAAGGAACUUGCAGGAUUGCCAACACUAGCAUCACAAGGAACUAGUGAACUAUUUGGCCGGAGUUAUUUUCCGCUGCCUGUGUUUGCCCAGCCCAAUAAUGCUACCUAUCAGUACAGUCAGCUGUAUAACCUGCCACCAGCUAUAAUCUUGGGAAACAACCACCUUAGUGGCGAUAUCCCAGUAGAGAUUGGCCAAUUGAAGUUUAUUCAUGUGCUAUGUUUGAAUAAUAACAACUUCUCUGGCAAUAUUCCUGAUCAAAUAUCAAACCUCACCAACUUAGAGCAAUUGGAUCUCUCUGGAAACCACCUAUCUGGAGAAAUUCCUGCAUCACUCAAAGGUCUCCAUUUCUUGUCUUCAUUUAGUGUCAGAGAUAACAAUCUUCAAGGACCUAUACCAUCCGGAGGUCAGUUUGAUACUUUUCCUCUUUCCAGCUUUACAGGGAAUCCAGGGUUGUGUGGUCAAAUUCUACAACGUUCUUGCUCCAAUUAUUCAUCAGAUUCAGGACUUGUCCAUCCUACAGCACCUCAAAGCAAAAACGCAAAACUGGUUGUUGGACUUGUCCUUGGAAGCUGUUUUGGGACUGGUCUAUUAAUUGCAACGCUAGCUUUGUGGAUAUUGUCGAAGAGAAGGAUCAUUCCUGGAGGGGACACUGACAACAUACAGAUAGAUACACUUUCUAGCAACUCCGGAUUGCCUCCGGAGGCUGACAAGGAUACUAGCCUGGUUAUAUUGUUCCCUAACAAUACUGAUGGGCUUAAGGAUCUGACAAUAUCUGAACUCUUAAAAGCCACUGAUAACUUCAAUCAAGCAAACAUUAUUGGUUGUGGGGGUUUUGGUUUGGUUUAUAAAGCAACACUGGCAAAUGGGACCAAGCUGGCUAUCAAGAAACUCUCAGGAGAAAUGGGUCUCAUGGAAAGGGAAUACAAAGCAGAGGUAGAGGCUCUGUCCACAGCCCAACAUGAGAACCUGGUUUCAUUGCAAGGUUAUUGUGUGUACGAGGGUUUUAGGCUGCUUUUGUAUUCCUAUAUGGAGAAUGGAAGUUUGGAUUACUGGUUACAUGAGAAAGCUGAUGGUGCAGCACAGUUAGAUUGGCCUACUCGAUUGAAGAUUGCUAGGGGAACAAGCUGUGGUCUGUCUUACAUGCACCAAAUAUGUGAACCCCACAUUGUUCAUCGUGAUAUCAAGUCCAGCAACAUCCUUCUUGAUGAAAAGUUUGAAGCACAUGUAGCAGAUUUUGGAUUGUCCAGGUUGAUUCUUCCUUAUCAUACUCAUGUUACAACCGAGCUUGUUGGUACUCUGGGUUAUAUUCCUCCAGAGUAUGGGCAAGCAUGGAUAGCCACAUUGAGAGGAGACAUGUAUAGUUUUGGGGUUGUUAUGCUUGAGCUGCUGACAGGGAAGAGGCCUGUGGAGGUAUUCAAGCCAAAGAUGUCAAGAGAACUAGUUGGCUGGGUCCACCAAAUGAGGAGUGAUGGCAAACAAGACCAAAUCUUUGAUCCUCUCCUGAGAGGAAAGGGCUUUGAUGAUGAGAUGCUCCAAGUGCUAGAUGUGGCCUGCAUGUGUGUUAACCAGAACCCUUUCAAGAGGCCAACCAUCAAUGAAGUUGUUGAGUGGUUGAAGAAUGUAGGCUCACAAAAAAACCAAAAUAAGGAUUAAUGGGAGUAUCCUUUUGCACGUGAAGAAUUACAGAUAUAUAUAUAUACUUCUGCAGCAUUUGUGAUUAUUAAUGUAUAUUCUCACAUCAUUUUACUAUUUUAAUUGGGAAUGUACCAUAUCCAACUAGUUUAAAGAUUUACAAAACAAGUUACUAU